AUGUAUUUGAAAUGUUUAGUUGUGAUUUUAUCCAGUGUUCUAGCAUUAACAUUGGGUAAUGCUAGAUUUACCAACAUUAAAUGCGAAGUAUUGGACCCGCAAUUUGCCAACCUUCCCAAAUGUCAACUGAAAAUGGUACAACGGGGUGUGGCAGCACUAGAUAUUUAUGUCAAGUUAUUUCAACUGCCCUUAAACAAUAUAUCGGUGACAUCGGCAUUGUAUAAAAAAGCUAGUGGUUUUCGACCAUUUUUAUACAAUACUACUUUGAAUUUUUGUGAAUAUAUGAAGAAUAAAAAGAAAUAUCCAUUUUUCAAUAUAGUUGUCGACGUAUUCAAUAAGAACUCCAAUGUAAAUCACACCUGUCCUUACAAUCACGACAUUAUUUUGCAUAAUGUUAUUUUAAAAGAUUCGAUGUUUAAACAUUUGCCAUUGCCAGAAGGUGAAUACAUGGUACACAUAACGGUAUAUGCCUACAAUGAUCCAAAAGUUAUAGUAAAGGCGUAUGUGCAACAAAUGGAAUAA